AUCCUUUUUAUUGCGGAGCCCGGUUUUCCUUGCAAGCCUUCCUCCUCCUCUUCCUCCUCCCCUGCUUUUUGUGCCCGCCGCAGCAGGGCUGGCCAGGCCGGGGGAGGGAAGAGAUGGGAAGGGGAGAUUGCCCCCUCCUCUCCCUCUGUCUGUUUUUUUUGCAGGUGUGUCAAUUUUAAUUCUGCCCAGUAGGUGGGACUUGGUGACUUUCGCACCGUUUUUGUUAUUUAUUUAUUUCCCCGGCUGCUUCUCUCCCUCCCUUCCUCCCCUCCCAUCCCUCCCUCCCUAGCCUCCCGUUGCGAUCCUCCGGAGCGGCUGCGGGAGCGGCGGGCGGCCGGGCCGGCAUGCAUCCAUCCCCGCCCGCGGCCGCGGCCGCUGCCCUAGCGGGAAUUACAGCCUCUCCCAGCCAGCUGCCAGCAUGAUUUCAUCUGCUGGAGGAUUUUUGCAGCUGAUCGCUUGAGGUUUUGUUGUUGUUGUUUUUUUUUUUGUUGUUGUUUUUUUUUCCUCCCUCUGUCUUUGUUUCCUUCCCCCUUUCCCCCCCUUCCCCUCCCUCCAUCCCCCCUUUCCUCCUCCUCCUCUUUUUUAGAAGCAGCAAUCGGAGAUGGAUGUCUCUCUUUGCCCUACCAAGUGCACUUUCUGGAGGGUUUUUUUGCUCUGGAGCAUUUGGGGAGACUAUCUGCUUUCGGUGCUGGCUUGCCCUGCUAAUUGUCUUUGCAGCAAGACAGACAUCAAUUGCAAGAAGCCGGAUGAUGGGAACCUCUUCCCUCUCUUGGAAGGGCAGGAUUCAGGCAGCAGCAAUGGCAACACGAGCAUCAAUAUCACGGACAUCUCAAGGAACAUCACUUCCAUACACAUAGAGAACUGGAAGAACUUGCAGACACUGAAUGCCGUUGACAUGGAGCUGUACACGGGACUCCAGAGGCUGACAAUCAGGAACUCAGGACUACGAAACAUCCAGCCAAGAGCCUUUGCCAAGAACCCCCACCUGCACUAUAUAGACCUCUCCGGGAACCGGCUCACCACUCUGUCAUGGCAACUCUUCCAGACACUGCGACUCUUUGAACUGAGACUAGAGAGGAACCUGUUUAACUGCAGCUGUGACAUCCGCUGGAUCCAGCUCUGGCAGGAGAAGAGCGAGGCAAACCUGCAGUACCAGGAUCUCUACUGCAUGACCAUGGAUGCAGCCAUCAUCACUUUGAAGGAGAUGAACAUCACCCAGUGUGACCUUCCUGAGAUCAGUGUGAGCCAUGUGAACCUGACGGUGCGGGAAGGAGAGAACGCUGUCAUCACCUGCAAUGGCUCAGGAUCGCCGCUGCCGGACGUGGACUGGACAGUGGCUGAACUCCACUCCAUCAACACCCACCAGACCAACCUCAACUGGACCAAUGUUCAUGCCAUCAAUCUGACCUUGGUGAAUGUCACCAGUGAGGACAAUGGAUUCCUGCUCACCUGCAUUGCUGAGAAUGUGGUGGGGAUGAGCAAUGCCAGUGUGCUGCUCACUGUCUACUAUCCCCCUCGCAUCCUUACCCUGGAGGAGCCGGUGCUGCACAUGGACCACUGCAUUGCAUUUGCAGUGCAUGGGAACCCAGCUCCCACCCUCCACUGGCUGCACAACGGCCAGGUGCUCCGCGAGACAGAGAUCAUCCGCAUGGAGUUCUACCAACAGGGGGAAGUGUCUGAGGGCUGCCUGCUCUUCAACAAACCCACCCACUACAACAAUGGCAACUACACCAUUGUGGCUACCAACCAGCUGGGCUCAGCCAACCAAACGAUCAAAGGACACUUCCUUGAAAAGCCUUUUCCAGAGAGUACGGACAGCUUUGUCUCAAUCGGUGAUUAUGAAGUGAGUCCCACCCCACCCAUCACUGUGACCCACAAACCAGAGGAGGACACUUUUGGGGUUUCCAUAGCGGUUGGGCUGGCAGCUUUUGCUUGUGUCCUCUUGGUCGUGCUCUUUAUUAUGAUCAACAAGUACGGCCGGCGCUCCAAGUUUGGGAUGAAAGGUCCCGUGGCAGUGAUCAGCGGGGAGGAGGACUCAGCCAGUCCUCUCCACCACAUCAACCACGGCAUCACGACGCCCUCGUCCCUGGACGCCGGCCCGGACACGGUGGUGAUCGGCAUGACGCGCAUCCCCGUCAUCGAGAACCCCCAGUACUUCCGACAAGGUCACAACUGCCACAAGCCAGACACGUAUGUCCAGCAUAUUAAGAGGAGAGACAUCGUUUUGAAGAGGGAGCUGGGAGAAGGUGCCUUUGGGAAGGUGUUCUUGGCCGAGUGUUACAACCUCAGCCCCACCAACGACAAAAUGCUGGUGGCAGUGAAGGCUCUGAAGGACCCCACGCUGGCAGCCCGCAAGGAUUUCCAGCGGGAGGCAGAGCUGCUCACCAACCUGCAGCACGAGCACAUCGUCAAGUUCUACGGCGUCUGCGGCGACGGCGACCCGCUCAUCAUGGUCUUCGAGUACAUGAAGCACGGGGACCUCAACAAAUUCCUCAGGGCACAUGGCCCAGAUGCAAUGAUCCUGGUGGAUGGGCAGCCUCGACAAGCCAAAGGGGAGCUAGGGCUAUCCCAGAUGCUCCACAUUGCCAGCCAGAUAGCCUCUGGAAUGGUGUACCUUGCCUCCCAGCACUUUGUGCACAGAGACCUGGCCACCAGGAACUGCUUGGUCGGAGCCAACCUGCUGGUGAAGAUUGGAGACUUUGGGAUGUCAAGAGAUGUCUACAGCACUGAUUACUACAGGGAAGGGCCGCGUCUGAAGGGCCAGCUCAGCUCAGCGUGGCAGCGACAGAGACCGUCGGCAGCUGCAACAGUUGGAGGACACACCAUGCUGCCUAUCCGCUGGAUGCCUCCAGAGAGCAUCAUGUACAGGAAAUUCACCACAGAGAGUGAUGUCUGGAGCUUCGGGGUGAUCCUCUGGGAGAUUUUCACAUAUGGGAAGCAACCCUGGUUCCAGCUCUCAAACACAGAGGUCAUUGAGUGCAUUACCCAAGGCCGAGUUUUGGAGAGGCCCCGAGUCUGCCCCAAGGAGGUUUACGACAUCAUGUUGGGCUGCUGGCAGAGGGAACCUCAGCAAAGGCUCAACAUCAAGGAGAUCUACAAGAUCCUCCAUGCUCUGGGCAAGGCCACACCAAUCUACCUGGACAUCCUUGGCUAGCAGUGGCCACCUGUUGGAAGUCCCUGCUCCUUCCUCCCGUCCUUCCUUCCCUCUUCCACUCCCAAACCCUUUUCCCCUCAGCUCCCAAACAAACAUCUUCAUAUAAACUCAAGUGCCUGCUACACAUACAACACUGAAAACAAAAAAAAAGCAAAACAAAAAGCAAACCAACAAAAAUCCCACAGAACAACAACCUGUAAAGCAGUUUGGCUUAUAUAUAUUUAUAGAUAUCUCUCUCUAUAUAACUUCCACACCAAUACAGAAAGAAGCUGCUGUUACAGAAAAUUGUGAGACUAUAUAUAAAAAAAAAAGAAACAAAAAAGGGACAAAAAGUACUUAAAAAUAUAUAUAUAAUUAAAAAAAAAAAAAAAACAAAAAACAGAAAGGAAGGAGAAGGUAUCUUUUCCCCGAGCAAUCAAGCAGUGAAAUGUAACCCUGCUGUGAGCAUGGUUCGGGCAGCUGGGCAGGGCUCUAGACUGGCUAUGGCAGCGAUGCCAUCCUGGGUAGGAGCUGCAGGAAGAAAGCCUUGCCCUGGUUGUAUGAUAUGCACUGAAUGUGUGAAAUCAGUCCUCCCUUUUCGUCCUUGCCUCCCUCCCGCCUUGCCAGCCCGCAGGUGAUGGGCACAAAGCCAGGGCAGUGCCCCUGGAUGAACUCUCUCUUACCAACCCCUUCCUCUUAGUCCCUCCUCAUCCCUUUUUGCCUUCCUGCCUUUUUCCUCCCUCCUACAUUUCAGGACAAUUUUUCUAAUUUGCUGAUUCUUAAAUGUAUAGACUCAAGGCUUUUGAACACACAGUCAAAGGAUUGUGGCACCUACGGGUAAAACACACACUGGGUAAAACACACCAGGGAGCCGCUGCCCUCCCGCAGGCUGCAGGCUCCUGCCCCAGCCCUCCUCUGCCCCAGCCCUCUGCCAGUGCUGGCAGAGCAGCAGGACCAAAGCAGCUGUGCCUGGGAGUCGAGGGGGGGUCCUGGGGACCCGGUCCUGAAUCAUCCCCAGCCCGCUCCAGUGUGUGAGACAGGAGUGCUGCUCACCCAGGGCGACCAGUGCAGGCGUCACUUUGGAGGAACAGCACUGCUCCUCUCCACCCUUUAUGGCUGUUAGUGGCCAUGGGGUUGGUUAGGGGCCAUGGGAUUGUUCCCCUGCCCUCAGCUGUCUCCAUCAGGGCCAAAUCGGACCCCAGUGUAAACUUUUAGUGAGCAGGGUUGGAUCCUUGCUCUCCUCAUGGGGGAAAGGCUACAGGGUGCAGACAGCUGGGAACAUGCCUGCAACCCUGCUAGGCAUUCUGUGGGGUCAGCAUAUCCCAGUGCUCUUCCCCCCAUGCUCUCCCCUUCCCCAUUCCUGCCCCAUGCCUCAGUCCAAGCCUCAGGCACAAGCCAGCGGGGGACAGGGAGGGGGACCAGGCUUGUGAGAUGGCUGGGAACCUACCAACACCUGCCUGCAGCUCCCUUGGCAUUCUCCUCACGUCCCCAUCCCCUGAAAGGAUUGAUGCAUCUGCCUUUGAGCUGUUGUGAAAUGCAGAGGCUGAAGAAUAGCUCCACAGGCAGCCCCGGGAGGAGGGGGGAAGGAGGGGAAGGUGCCUUCAGGAGCAGACGGCUCCGCGGAUGGCCGCAGCGGCCAGCCUUGCAUCUCAAUGAGGAGAAAGGCCUGGCAGGCAGCAACAGGGGGUGCUGGGGACAGCCAGGGAGAGACAGCAGCAUCCUCACUAUGGCCAAUCUACCCAGAGCAGAAAAUAAUCCUGACCUGGAGAAAUACUCAGUCAGAUGCUGGAUCCUGCCUGUCCGGACUGGGCUGAGGAUACAAAACCUCUCUGAGCCUUUUUUCAUAUGGAUAAUGGAGGAUGAGGGGGAACCUCAGCUUGGCAGCUGCUCUCAGGAGGCAGAGAACAGGCGGCACAGGCAUUGUCAUGGCAAUUUUGAGAAGGCAACAACUGCCAACACAAAAAUAGCCUGCUUGGAUGUGGCACUUGAGGAGGGCAAUGCAGAUGGGAGAAGAGGGGACAGAGAAGGGAUCUUGGCUCCUUCCCCAUGGCCAGAGCAAUAUUCAUGUCCAGGAUGCAAGGGGAUGUAGGUGACUGGUUAUGGCUUGCACUGAAAGGGAAGAUCUUGCAUCCUCCCCCCAUCCCCCAUGUCUCCUGACAAUCAAUAACUCUCACUCAUGGCAGUGGCAUGGGCUGUCUGAUGGUUUCAGACAGGGGCAGGGGACACUGCUAAAAGAGGAUUGUGGUGGCAACAGCAGCUGUGGGUUUAUUCUGUGUCUGUGUAAUGUGCAGUGAGAGCCUGGGGUGGGAGAUGGUGGGUGGCAGUAGCCACGUGGGAGUGAGGACACAACUUUCCUCUGCCUGUUUGAGAGAUCUGGGCUAGUGGGACAGACUCAUGUCAUUGGGGCCUGGACAGACUGCCACUGAACAGGCACCAGAUGCUCACAGCAUCCCCAGGAAUGGCAUGGUCAUGGACAAGGCUGUGGGCCAGCACCUGGAGUCCACACAGAGGAACAUGCUCCCUCUCCAUAGCAGGACCUUGCUCUUUUGGAAGAGGAUAUCCUGCCUAUUUAGGUCUAACUUUGAAAGGGGAAAAGACUGAUUGAAAGGUUGCUGGCCUCAGCUUGGCUCCCUUUUUGUGCAGGCUGCUUGGCUGAAAGAAUUGGAGAUUCAGCACAGGGAGAGAACAAGCAUGGCUGUUAAUUGUCCAGCAUCUCCAGGAGAAAACCCUUUCCUGGGGCAGCCUGUCUCUUACUCCAAGGGGUUUCUUUCUUGCACCUCCCAGGCACUGUGCCAGUUGUACAAGGCCACAGUUUUGUCCACCCUCUCUCUCACUCCCAUGCUGUCAUUUCUUUUUUGGCUUUUACACUACAAAGUCACCUACAGACACUGGUUCCCAUCUGAUGAGAUUCCCUCAUCACAGCUGCACAGCAGCUACAUCCUCCCCUCCUCACUUCUUUCCUCCUUCCCCUCCUCCCCAGCACCACCACCCUGCCCCCUUCACCGCCUCUUUGUACUGUCACAAUGACAAGGUGAGCUCAGGAGCUGAGUGUGACACCGAGCCUUGAUGCUGCAUGUUUAAGGUUAGGUGGCCUGUGAGGAGAGUUUAUGUGUCCCCAGAAGAUGGCAUAUGACUGAAGAAGGUGGUGAGAUGCUCAGGCUCUGGCUGCUUUUCUCUUAGCCCCCACCACGGGCAGGGACUGCCUUGGAGAAAGGUCCUUUUGUCAGAGUUAAUUGUGAACUGUUGCUCAGAAGAGCUGGAUAAGCUGCACUUCAGUGCUGUGACAUCUGCUCUGUUGCUGCUCUGGCCCCCUUGGCCUGUCACUGUCGGAUGGAGGUUUGUUGGGAGCAAGGAGAAGAUUGCUUUUUGUUCAAACACAUGACAGAAACUGCUGCAUCCCUUUUUGGCAUGCCAGUUUUGGAGGGGAAGAGGGAAAGCAGCUGUGCUGCAUUCCUGGUGAGCACCCUGAGACCUCGUUUCCAGAAGCACCUUUCCUGGAGCAGAAGAGAGCUUCCCAUCAGCAUGGACUGGGGGUCUUCCCUGUAGGAAGAAGGGCUCUGUGUUGGGGCUGUGUGUGAGGAGAAGAAAAUCAGAUUUUGGGGGAAACUCUCACAAAGUAUCAACAUCUGAGUGUUUGGAGUCAAAGAGAAAUGAGUUUGUGCUUCUUUAUAUGUCAGAGAGACACUUCCCUAUGCCCUGUCUCUACUCAGAGCAGAGAGCUAUCCCUGCUGCCUGAGAACAUGUCUCACCCAGCUCUGGGGCAAGCCUGGCCAAAUUCCCAGCACAUCCAGGCAGACCUUCCCACCACCCAGCCUCUUUCAUCUGCAGUUUUCUCAAGGGACUUGUGAAAGGGAGCUGGAAGGAACACCAGUGUGAGCACAGCUGAGAAGGGGCCACAGGGUCUUCCCUGUCCCAGCUGCAUGCUGCUCCCUAAAAAUUAAAUUUGUUUGCACCAACUCAGUCACCCAAGGGUGUCACUGAAGUGAUGCUUUCUUGGAAGUGAAGGUGCUAUUUUGGUGCAUGGUACAGGUGGAAAUUUUGUGCCAGGGCUGCAAACUGCAGGCAGUGAAUGUGGCUCCAGCCUCAGGGUCUCAUCAGUGACCUGGUUUGUUUUCUCCUGCUGUUCUUUUUCUUCCCACCCCAGUCUGUCGGGUUGCAAGACAGAAGCUGAAAUGUAGCAAAGGGAAGAGAAGCAGAGAUCUGCCAGACUGAAUGUCCAUCCUGUCUCCUGCACAACUUGCCCAGCUGGCCUUUUUAGAUGUCCCUCAGUGCAUGGAUUUUGGGGGGUGAAAAAGUCUGAACUGCCCAUCCUUGGGUCUGCAGGGUGCUGGAUUGCAGAUGGGUGACUCUGGGAACUGUGCUGCCCAGACAAAUGUGAAAACUGUGGAAUGCCUUUAAAGAGGGUGCUUGCUUGAGAGACACCGUUAGCUCUGAGCCGUUUGUUUGUCCCAAGGAGUGGGUGGAACAAGGUGAGAAAAUGUGUGGAGGAAUAAAAGAGCCAAGGAAAGGGAAAAGCUGGUUUUAGAUGGCAACUGAGUAUCUUGGGUUGGGAAAUCAAGACAGAUUUGGGGAGUGUGGUGUAGAAUUUUAAGUAGCACAAUGGAUAUGAGCAAAAACAAAAGAAAAUAGCAACAUGCUGCAGCUCCAGGAAAAGUUAGCUAUGAAACUGGGCAAAUACUGGUUUAAAAAGGAGGCAGAAACCAAGGGACCAUUUAUGCAGGUGGGAAACCAAAUCACUAGGCUUUGUGCUUUUCUGUGAUUUUUUUUUUUUCUGUAAGAAAAUGCAACUAAAAGAAGGUCUCAAAAGUUAUGCUGUCACAGGGGCACAGACAGAAGUAUCAGGCUGAGAUGUCAGACGCUGCUCUGGCAGGAAUGGAGGAGCAUUCCAUCUCUCCUGUGCCUCUUUUUCCUUUCCAAUGCAACACUGAGCCAUGAAACCGCUCCCUCAGAGAAGUGAUUGGAGUCCCACUGCUUGCAAUUUUGUAAAACUGAACUGAGGAAAGAGACAAGAUACUGAAGAGAAGGAAGAACAAAAUAUUCCAGCUUUCCCCAACAGUUAAGUAAGCUGGUAGGUCCGUUUCAUGUUGGUGGCUUGGGUUUCUCACAGACCCAAUCUGAGAGAUCUUUUCAAACUAAAGGAAUGACCAUUGUCUCCUCCUCCCUUAUGCUAGUCACACAAUUUUAGCAUCUCUGCAAGGGGAAGAGGCAUCACAAAUCUAACCAUCGCUUCCCCACACUGUCAGGAGUCCUCCACAGGAGCUGCUCUCCCUCCCAGCACAAGUGACUGAUCCCACUGCUGAAAACCGGAGCAGUUGUUCUGAAGGGGAAUUUAACUGCUGAACUACUGGCAGCUUAGGACAAGGUCCCAGCAGGGAAGGGCUGAAAUACCUCUAAAGAGAAUCAUAGCUCUGGGCGGUCCAAAUGUCUUCUUGCAUGUUUUCUCUUGCUCUCUGCUGGCUUCCAGCCUCUCCAGUCUUUGCUGCUUGAUACCCAGAGAACUGAGUUUCUGCAUUCCCUCCCUUUACUGAGCUCAGAGGACUGGUGAAGCAGUUUGAUUUCAAUGUGGUAGGUGAGAUUAGAUUUCUCCCUCCAUGCCCUCUUCUUUUUCUCCCUGUGCAGCUCCUGUCCUUGCAGUUCUCAGGACUUGACUAGCAGAGUUUUUAAAUGAAGUGAAAGUCUUAAUGUGAGGUGAAUCCCAAGACCACAAACAGUUUGGACUUCAAACAGUGAGAAAAUUGGCGCCGGAUGAUUCCGCACACAAAGCAGAAAACUUUCAUUUCCUGCAGGCAGGAUGGAAUUGACUGUUAUAUUAAGACUUCAGAAGGAGCACUGCCCCGGAGUAAUUUCACUGCUGUCAGGCAGUGUUGACAUCUAGAUUAACCUCUGUGCAGUGAAUUUUACAGCAACGCUCAUUGUAAUGCAUGUGGGGUAUCUCCUGUAAAUCCCAGCUGAAGCCCACAGUGUCCCACCCUUCUGCACAGGAGGAAGGGUUGGGGAGCAGCUGCUAUCAUUUCUGAUCCCAGCAAAGAGUGACUCCAACCUCAUCCAGGCCAGUUCUGCUGAAACUGAUUUUCUGCUGCGCUAAAGUGACAAUAGCUCCAGCCUGUAUUUUUUUCCUUCUAAUUCCCCAAAGAGGUUUGCAUCACAAGGCUGAAAUUUUUGCCAGUGACAAACAGCUCCCUUCAUGUAUCCAGCCAGCAGUACAGUCCUAAUUAAAAGGCACUAGUUAACUAGAGGCAAUUAGCUGCGUGCACUGAUUAAUUCCAAGACAUACAAUCCCCAAACACAAAGCUCUGAUCGGAUGUGAUCUAAAUGGCAGACAAACUCCCAGCUGAUGUGAGAAGGUGGAAUCCAGUCCUACUCACCAGCACACAGGCACACAGUGAGCGCUGCCUACCAAACCAAAACUGCAUGAAUUAAAGGAAUUCACACAGUUACUCUGUGAAAGUCAGAGGACAUUGCAAAAGGAGCCCUUUGGCUCCAGAAAUGAAUGCUCCUGCUGAUAAGUUGAUAGGCCUGACCCCAAGUACUUCUACUUUUUGCUGCAGGAGGAGAUUGAGCAGUGGGAUUUCCCAGGCAGGAUCACAACAGCUUCUUCACUUUUGUGCUGGUAGACAAUCCUGUCUGUGGUUCUUAAGAUGCAUCUCUGAAAUUUUUUGGGAAAAAAAAGCACUAGCAUGUAAAAAAAUAUAGAAAAGGAAGGGAAGGUUUCUUUGUGUGUUUUUGCCAUACCUGCUUAUUGAUACACUUAUUUUCCUACUCAGAUGUUGCUCUGCAGUCGUCUGCAGGAGUUUCUAGGCAAGAAAAAAGCUGUCAGGGGCUGAAGAGAUCAACCACUGGCCCUAAGGGCAAAAUCCCAAUAGUACUUCUAGAAAUCUCUUUCAGAGCCCAUCUCUCCUCUCACCUACAGCUCUUCACAGUAGCCUUACCAUUAUAUUUGCCAAAGGUUUUGGACAGCCUGUGGAGAGGUGACAUAUCUUCAGUUUCUCCUCAUCUUCAGGAGGAAUUGUGACAUUUCUGUAAUUUGACCCAUCAGGAAGAUUCCUUCGAACUAACAUUUAUUACCUCCAAUCAGAAUACAGCUGAAAAGGCUACCCAAGGUUAUAGAAAAGGUCGAGCUCUUGCUUUGGACUGGAAUUUGCUUUGGAAGGAAUUUGAUGGACCAAUUUAACCACCACAGCACAUCAAAACCUGGUGGCUUCAUUUAAAAAGUAAUCAGUAUUGUAUUUCGCUUUAGACAUCCGUGCAUUAGUGUUCUGCAAAUAUGAUUUCCUCUUUGUUUGCAUUAUUGAUGCCAUAAAAUGUCAGACACAUUAAAGAAAAAAAAAAAAGAGGCCAACCUUUGGGGUUUGGAAUGAUUCUAGCUGAAUUGCAGUUGGGUUACUUUCCUUUUUAUUUCCCAUGGCAGCCAUGCACUGUUACUCAUUCUGCUAUUGUUUUACAAAGAGUUCUCAGUAAGUGUAUUUAUUCAGCCAACCAUAUUUCAGGAAACACAUAACCUUGAUAUUUUUUCCUGUAUGUGGCAGCAUGUGUGAAUGUGUGUUGGGGAGAGGAGGGGAGGUGGAGCUUUUGACAAGAGCCCUCCCAUGUCUGGUGGUGUGUUGGCUUUGUGCAGUGCUGUAUGAAUCCCUCCUGCUCAGGUGCCUGGCUUGAUUUAACCUCAAGAACUGACUUUUGUAAUCAGGGUUUGAGGUCUUCUGCUUUAGCACUGCCCAGAAUCUGUCAUCUGCUCUCACCAUUCAGCCGCCAUCUGCUAUCCACAGAGGUUCCUAGAUGUCUAUGCCACAGAGAUUACACAGUAAUUGAGUCUCAGGCAUGUCAUAGAGGAGUUUUAGCUCAUUCUGAUCCUGGACCAGCAGCAAGUUUGCUGAUUUAGCUUGGUUCCCACCCAAGGUUCGCUGACUACAGUUCCCAAGACAAAUACUCUUAGCUGCUCAGUGCUGUUUCUCACAGACCAUUACAAGUACAGGCCUUGGAGGCUGUAGCUCUCUGCCUCAGCUCUCUAUAAUGAACGUGGAUCCAUUUUUCAGUGAUCCUGGGAAUUUUUUUGAAGGAUAUUCUCCCUCCUAAAAUCUAAGAAAUUCUCAAGCAUUCUCUCUUGUUGAAAAGUGAAGAAAUAAGGUGGAAAUAUCUCCCCUGUGUAGAGAUUUUCAUCGGUGGUAAAAUUUCAGCUUUUCCUCCCAGUGACAGCAAGACUUGGGCACAGGAGGAGAAGAAUACAGUGGAGCAGUCUAAGGAAGGGACUCAGCUAGGACCCAGACUGCAAAGUCUUCUGUUCACCUACUGAGCCAUGGACAGUUUCAUACAAGAAGAGAUCCCCAGCUUUUCUUGAGCUUCAGAUUCCUGCCCAGCUCUCUUGUUUCUAUUCCAGUUCUGAGGAAUGACCAUCAGAUGACCUUCAGAUCUCCUUAUCUUCACAGAUCCUUGCCAGGGCUAUCCAAACAGCCCAAAGAAGUGAUGACAGGGGCUGAAUGGGUGUGUAAUUCAGUGUCUUUCUCUCCUUUUUCAUCAGGGGCAGAGAUAGUGAAAAUGACAGAACAGAAAAAUUAUUUUCCCCAACAGCAGUGAUCCAGUUUCUCUUUAAACUCUGAUAUUUAAGAUGCCAUACAGCAGUACCUAUAAAUAUGCCUUGAAAUGUUGAAUGAGCACACGAGUAUAUUUGAUUUUGUUUUUAUGCCUAUAAUUUCUCUCACCAAGAAUUCAGCAGUUACUCAGCUCCCAGCAGGUUGUUCUGAUUGCUGGAGAGAUGGUUGGGAUUGAUUCCGGCUGUGACCUGCUCCAGUCCAGCCUCAUUCUUAUGUAGCUAGAUUGAAACAAUAGAAAUCAGCAAGAGACUGAAUUGUUGUUCCUGUGAAACUGAACCUUCUUGUGCAACUCCAGGCUAAAUGUAGAAGGCGUUGAUGACCCACAACUUUGAACUCAGUAAAGGCUGCAGGUACUGAGAGGCACUGAACAGAUGUUAGGAACAGAACGGCGGGAGAAAGAGAAAUGCUACAAGAGGAAAAAAACCCAAACCAACAAACAUGAUGUCAGAAAGGACAGUGGUUGGUUUACAUUAUAAGAAAAUCUACUGCUGUACAUGAGAAAAGACACAGAAUACUCACCCUGGUAACCAAGAACAUUGGCCACCAGGACAAGAGCAGCUCAAACCCCCUCUCACUUUUAAUUUCCUUCUUCUCCUGAUAAUGCAGAACAAAUCCUGUCUUAUGGCCUUCCUGGAAACUGAAAUUAAGAGGCAGAUUUGGGAGAGGAUGUGAGGGACUGGAUCCUGCUGGAUGAUACAACAGUUUUAUAACCCAGCACCUCUCAGUAGCAAGUGCCUGGUGUGCCCUUUCUUGGAUUUUUUUUUUUUUUUAAUUACAAAUCCUAAUUGCUUCAAGAAGUGUUCACAAAGAGCCUAAAACAGUUCAGUCCCCAGUUUCUUGGUAAGGUGGAGAUUUCAGCAGAAGGACAGACGUCGUG